CCUGGAGGUGUGGCGCCGCUGUGCGGCCGCCGAACCGGACCGGAGCGCUGGUGAGGUGGCGGAGGUUCGACCCAGCCGCUCCUGCGCCCCGCGAUGCCGCGGACAGACCCGCGGCCCCGGCCUCUCUGAGUAGGUCUCAGCACGCCAGGCGCUGAGGGAGCCCAUGGCGGAGGCCUGCGAGCCCGGCCGGCGGGCAUCCGCGGGCGGCGGCAGCCUGGCGGCGGCGGAGGAGGAGGAUGAGGAGCGGGAGCCGCUACUGCCGCGGAUCGCCUGGGCCCAGCCGCGGAAAGGCGGCCCGGGCAGCGCCGUGAGGCUGCCGGAGGCUGCGGGGGACGCCCCCCGCGAGGCCGGCGACGAGGAAGUGCUGCUGCCUCCCGGGGACUCGCCCAGCUGCCCGCCCCGGGGCGUGGGGGUCCCGCGGACGUCACCCGCCGACCUGGACCGGAACCGCCUCUCGGGGUCAGCAACUACUGGUGCUUCAGAGCUGAAUGCCUUCUUGGAUGAUCCAGAAUUUGCUGAUACCAUAUUGAAAGCAGAGCAAGCAAUAGAACUGGGAAUUUUCCCAGAAAGAAUCUCUCAAGGUUCAAGCGGAAGUUACUUUGUGAAGGAUCCUAAGAGGAAAACUAUUGGUGUGUUCAAACCCAAAUCAGAAGAGCCUUAUGGUCAACUGAAUCCAAAAUGGACCAAAUAUGUUCAUAAGGUCUGCUGCCCCUGCUGCUUCGGCAGAGGCUGCCUGCUUCCCAACCAGGGCUAUCUCUCCGAAGCUGGCGCCUACCUUGUGGAUGAAAAGCUUCAUUUGGGCAUUGUCCCCAAAACAAAGGUGGUUUGGCUUGUCAGUGAGACAUUUAACUACAGUGCAAUUGACCGUGCCAAAUCAAGAGGCAAAAAGUACGCUUUAGAAAAAGUGCCGAAAGUAGGCAGAAAGUUUCAUCGGAUAGGGCUCCCUCCUAAGAUUGGUUCCUUUCAGUUAUUUGUUGAAGGUUACAAGGAGGCUGAAUAUUGGCUUAGGAAAUUUGAAGCGGAUCCUUUGCCUGAGAAUAUUAGGAAACAAUUUCAGUCGCAGUUUGAAAGGCUGGUGGUUUUGGAUUACAUCAUCAGAAACACAGACAGGGGAAAUGACAAUUGGUUAAUCAGAUAUGAAAAGGAGAAAUGUGACAAGAAAACUGACCUUGAGGAAUCAAACUGGAUCAAUGAUAAAGAAUCACUUAUUAAAAUAGCUGCAAUUGAUAAUGGUCUAGCAUUUCCUUUUAAACAUCCUGAUGAAUGGAGAGCAUAUCCAUUUCACUGGGCGUGGCUUCCUCAAGCAAAAGUUCCUUUUUCUGAAGAAAUAAGAAACUUGAUUCUCCCGUAUAUUUCUGACAUGAACUUUGUGCAAGAUUUGUGUGAAGAUCUUUAUGAACUUUUUAAGACUGACAAAGGAUUUGACAAAGCCACUUUUGAAAGUCAGAUGUCUGUGAUGAGGGGUCAGAUCUUGAACCUCACUCAGGCUUUGAAAGACGGGAAGAGCCCCGUGCAGCUGGUUCAGAUGCCUUGCGUGAUUGUGGAACGCAGCAGAGGGGGAGGCCAGGGUCGGAUCGUUCACCUGAGCGGCUCCUUCACCCAGACUGUCCACUGCAGGAAGCCGUUUUUUUCCUCCUGGUAGCAGAUUUAAGAGUAGGACAAACCAACUGGUACUGUUAUGUCGUUAGAUGUUACAGUAAUAUAAAUCCAAUGUUAAGAUCUCCAGUUGCCAAAACCUCAAAUAAUUUAAGUCUUUUUAAAAGGUUGCAUUUUGAAUGUAAUCAAAAGUUUACAGUUUUUUGUCCAAAUAUUAAAUUUCUAUUUCAGGGAAAAAGUGAUGUAUCUCCUAGAUUGUAUUUUUGCAGAAACUGUAUAUCUUCUGUUGUUAGUUAAGGUAAUUUCAUGGUUUACACAUCCUGGAAUAUAGAAUUCUCAGUAGAAGAACAAGGUAUUUGCUGACUUGGAGUUGAGUAACUUUAUAUCCUCUUCAAACACUGAGCACUGCUCACGCUCACUCGUCUUACUUACAAAGGCCUGGGAGGGCGCCCAGGUCUGCAGCUGCUCUAAGAGUGGAGUACUUAACUCAGAAAGACGUAAGAAUUGCCUUAAUUUUAAAAGCUGCUAUUUUUACAACUUGAAAGAGAGCCCCUAAAGUGGCCAUUAUUAGGGACCAGAAAAUUAUAUCCUGAUUAAGCAACAGGUGAACUUUUUUUUCCUAACUUCACAGGUUUUUUGAGGAAAGAAAAUCUGUCGAUGCUGCCCCUUUUCCAAAGAAUGGAACACUCAGCUUAGAUUUGAGGGGAAUAAUAUGGAAUUAAGUAGAUCCCUAAUAUUUUGAAAUUUUAAAUACUCUUAAAAAUUCCCUGGUUUCUGGCAUGGGAUCAAGUAGUCGAUCAAUUAGUACUUCAGCAUACUGAUUCUGUUCAGUUUAGUACUUCAGUUAGUAUUGAACUUUAAUAAAACAUAAUAUGCCCCAAAAUAUAUAUGGUAUUAUAUUUCAGGACCCUGGGUUAUAAGUUUCUAAAAAAAAAGUGGUACUUGAAAUUAGUAGACUUUUUAAAUAAUUAUAGUCCAUUUGAGAUUAUCAGCCCAGAUUAAAGAGGAACAAGACAGCGAUAACCAUGAAAUCACUGAUGCUUGACUUUGAGGUUGAACGGUGUACUUUGAGUGUGAGGAUGUCUGGCGUUACUGGGACUCGAACCCUGCUCGCUCGGUAAGGGUCUGAAUGCAGCUCCGCCCGACGUGAAGACAUCACUCCAGGGAAGCAGGUUCUGUGUCCUCACAGGCUCACAGCCAGGAACGUCACCACGCGGACGACACUGGCUGACUGGGGUUUUGGGCCUUUUGUAUGUUAAGCUUACUAUCUUGUGAUUUUGAUUUUUUAAUGAAGUAUUUUUGGGUACAAAGUGUUUUGUGAUGGUUAAAUUGGGAAGUAAGACAGAUCUGUAGUUCUCUCCUCCAUCACAGCUUUCUCUUGGUCUUCAUGGUGGUGAUGAACGAGAGCACUGCGGCCCUAAUGGGGGUCAUUGGAAGUCUGUGUUCUCCUACCUCUCCCAAUCCUCCCAUUAGCUCAACUUUGAGAUAGUGGGAAAUUAACUGGAACCUGAAAAUGCAAACUAUGGGUACUAUUUUUAAAUAAAUAUUGGUAUUGAAAAUGUGCCUUUAGAUAAAUGCUAGUAAUCAAAGUGUGCCUUUUGAAGAUGUGUUCUGAAAGAAAGGUAAUGAUUCAGUGUGAUGUGGGUGUAACUUUCAUCAAAUAGUUUUUACAGGAUUUUGAGAGUUGCUAUAUUAAUUUUUAUAACAGAGAGCUACUGUUUUAUACCCUAAAAUUAAAAUAGUGUAAAAAUAUUUUUACAUGUCUGACAUGCCAGUAAAGUUGGAUUAUUUAAGAUAUGCCUACAAGUCAAGAUACACUAGCUGUAUUUUGUAAGAUGUCAUGAACAUAAUUCUUAUUUAAAUAUUGUAUUUUUUCAAUAAGUAUAUUUAUAUUGACAAACAUGGUAGACUAAGGGCAAUAAAAAUCAUUGUCUUAAGGCUAGAUUUCUCCCGGAUGUAUGUAUAUUGAAUAUUUAGAACAUUUGUGAACACAUGUACAUUUAUAAAUGAUGCCAGACCAUCAUUUUCUUAAUCAUAUAAUAGUGCUAUAGUUUAAUUUGUUAUAAUUCCAACAAAAAAACAUUUAAACUGGAGCCUUUCUUUGUAAAUAGAAGCAUUUUUAUUUUAAUUAUAUACUGCCUUAUCACCCCCAAAAUAUGUCAAAAAUUGAAAAAUGUAGAUUUUUUUUGCAGACUUGAAAAUAAUUUGAUUUAUGGAAAAAAUUUUUAAUGUAGAGUACUAUGCUGGUAUUAAAACCUUGUUCAAAAUGA